AUGGCCAUACUUCCAGAGGUCGCGGCACCAGACCGAAAGGUCCCUUUUCGUCAAAAGGUGUUGUGGACAGCCGUCACACUAUUCAUUUUUUUGGUGUGUUCGCAAAUUCCACUAUAUGGUAUCAUGUCCUCCGAUUCAUCUGAUCCUCUUUAUUGGUUACGUGUAAUUCUUGCUUCAAACAGAGGGACAUUAAUGGAACUCGGUAUUACCCCCAUUGUAACUUCGGGUAUGAUCAUGCAACUUCUCGCCGGUGCCAACCUUAUUGAAGUCGACUUUAGCUUAAAGGAAGAUAGAGCUUUAUUUAGUGGAGCUCAAAAACUUUUUGCAAUGGUUUUCGCUUUUGGUCAAGCCACUGUUUCCGUAAUGACUGGGUUAUACGGUGAUCCCUCUGAAAUUGGAGCUGGUGUUUGUUUAUUACUUAUAAUCCAACUUGUGGUUGCUGGUCUCAUCUCUAUGCUUUUGGACGAACUUUUACAAAAAGGAUAUGGUUUAGGAUCGGGAAUUUCUCUUUUCAUUGCCACCAAUAUUUGUGAAUCCAUUAUUUGGAAAGCGUUCAGUCCAACCACUGUUAAUACCGGUAGAGGUCCCGAAUUCGAAGGAGCCAUCGUUGCAUUAUUUUAUUUGGUUUUCACUCGUAAUGAUAAAACUCGAGCCCUUAAGGAAGCAUUUUAUCGAACCAAUUUACCAAAUGUUAUGAACUUAAUGGCCACCGUACUUGUUUUUGCCAUCGUUAUAUACCUUCAAGGUUUUCGAGUGGAAAUUCCUGUCAAAUCUAAUAAAUAUCGUGGUCAACGUGGAACAUAUCCUAUUAAACUUUUCUACACAUCAAACAUGCCAAUUAUGCUUCAAUCCGCUCUUACAACAAAUGUUUUCUUAAUCUCCCAAAUGUUGUAUAAUCGAUUUCCCGAUAAUAUUUUCGUUCGUCUCCUCGGUGUUUGGAGUGUACGAGGUUUAGCUUACUUUAUGUCACCACCGCAUAGCAUUACCGAUGCUUUAUUAGAUCCAAUUCACACCGCCAUAUACAUUUUAUUCAUGUUAACCGCUUGUGCUCUCUUCUCAAAAACUUGGAUUGAAGUAUCCGGAUCUUCGCCACGUGAAGUUGCCAAACAACUUAAAGAACAAGAUAUGGUUAUGGCAGGACAUCGAGAAGGUUCAACAUACAAAGAAUUGAAACGUGUUAUUCCAGUUGCUGCUGCUUUCGGUGGUGCUUGCAUUGGCGCGUUAUCAGUUCUUGCGGAUUUACUUGGGGCUUUGGGAUCUGGUACCGGUAUACUAUUAGCAGUUACAAUUAUAUACUCAUACUUUGAAAUGUUUGUCAAGGUUCAUUCAAUAGAUGAAAAUACAAUUGGAAUGAUUAUGACAAAUCGAUCACUCUCAAGAACUACUCGAUCUACUUAUUUUUCAGUUGCAGUUCGACCUUGGAAUAUAACUGACAAAUAUUUUACCAAAAAAACCAAACAACCAAUUACAACUUAUCGUCUACAAACUGUAGUAUCUAAAAAGAAAGUAUGUAAACUAGCUGUAGUAAGGAAUAGAAUUAAAAGACGUAUUCGUGAAGCAGCAAGAUAUGCCUUACCGGUUGUGGGAAGAGUUCGACAUGAUUAUCUUUUUUUUGCCAGCAUCGAAGCAUAUUCUUGUCCCUGGCAAGACCUUUUGGAUGCAGUAAAAUUAGCGAUAGGAGAUCCGAGGUGUUAUAAAAAAGAAGCGAUUGGACGUGGUGGUGGUGGUGAUUCACGUGGUAAAAAAUUUGACGGAGGUAUGGAUGAUCAAAGAAAACCACGAAAUGAAGACUAUAAGGAUCGUAAAAAUCAUAAAGACUAUAAGGAUCAGAAGGAACGUAGGGACUAUAAAGAUCGAAAAGACCGUAAUGACAAAUAA